CCCCCACCCUCUCUCCCCUCUCAGCAUCUCUCAUCUGUAAUGGCAAAAACCGAAAAAACUAAGAAACUCAAGACCGCCAAAAAACCAGAAACCACCACCAAACAGAAACCGCUAAAGAAACCCAAACUCAAGAUACGAAAAACCAAACCCCUCCCUUCAGACCCUGCCGAUCUCUCAACCCUUCUCGAACCCUACACAAAAGACCAAUUAAUCGACUUAAUUACCAACUCUGCCAUUAAGAACCCCUCUUUGUAUUCUCUAAUUCAUCAACACGCCGACCGCGAUGUCACUCACCGGAAUGUUUUUGUCCACGGCUUCUCCUGGGACACAACGCGCCAAGACCUCGUAUCUGCCUUCGCCGCCUUCGGAGAAAUCGAGGAAUGCAAUGUUGUAAUUGAUAAAGCAACAGGUAAAGCAAAAGGCUAUGGUUUUGUCUUGUUUAAAUCGCGAAAAGCUGCGAUCUCUGCGUUGAAGGAAACGAAAAGAAUGGUUAAUGAUCGGAUGGCUAGUUGUCAAUUGGCUUCUGUAGGAUCUGCUAAUGCGGCCUCGGCGGCCAAAGGGAAGGAAUUGGAGGGUGGGGUGAGGAAGAUAUUUGUGAGUAAUGUAGGAAUGAGUACUGAUAAGGAAAAGUUGAGAGCUUUCUUUGAGAAAUUCGGAGAAAUUGAGAAUGGGCCAAUUGGGUUUGAUAAGGAGACUGGGAAGUCAAGAGGUUAUGCUUUGUUUGUUUAUAAGACCGUGGAGGGAGCCAUAAAGGCAUUAGAGGAGCCUCAUAAGAUAUUUGAAGGGCAGCAAUUGCGUUGCUCGGUCGCGACAGAAGGGAAAAACAAGACUAAUCAAAAUGUGGCGCAGGGAAUGCAGCAGGUGGUACAGCAGCAGCCGGUGCAUCAACAGCCUCAAGGGCAGUUUUUGGCAGCGGCGCAGAAUCUGGCAUUGUUUGGUCAGCAUCCUGGGUUUAAUCCACUGUAUAGCGCAUUGUUAGGGAGCACAGGUGUUGGUGGUGGCAUGAUCAGUCCAGUAAUCGGUCAGAGUAUGGUGCCAACUGCGACGAGUCAAGUGGGGGGAUUGGGAGUUGGGAGCCAGUCAACAUUGGAGGCAUAUAGGGCUGCGCAAGUGUUGCAGCAUGUUUAUUCGAGCACUACGCAGAUUGGGCAGACAGGGAUGGGUAGGGGUCAGGGGGCUGGUGGAUCAUUUACCGGCUAUCCAAAAUAUAUGUGAUGAUUUGCUGUGAGCUUGAGGAAAAAUGUUCAUGCUCCUUGGGGAAUUUUAUCUAGGAGAUAAUGUGCAUCAUUUGCUAGGGGGGAAUUUGAAGUGGGAAUAUUUCUAUAGUUGAUAACGUUAAGCUAGCCAAGUUGACUGAACUUUGUGAAGUAUUUCUGAUCUUCUUUAUCUUAAUCUUUCUCUUCCUAGCCCUUAUCUUCUUUGACAUAACUCAUAAGAAUUGAUACUUUUUAUUUUUCUAUAAGACAUAUAAUUAUUGAUAUUUUGGUUAUCUUCUCUUUUCAUUUUACUUAUGUUCCAAUACUGUAAUAUGGGACCAUGGUUUCUGUCUUCAUCUUCACAUAUAUAUUUGAAUCCUUGAUUUGAUGUUUAUGAUCCAUAGGCAAAUUUGGUGUGUGAAAUGAGUAUUAUCUAAUUUUUGGAGCGCUUUUGUAUAUUAAAUACUUUUUUUGGUAAUCUAACUUUAAUAAAAGGUUCAUGAGUAAUUUGUUUAUUCUACCUCAACCUUCUUGCUUCUAAUAUAUUUCAAGGACCAUAUUACUCGGAGGACUUUUAGCUGAUGUCCAAAGUAUUCAGUUAGUAAACAAAUUCUUAAAAUACUGCUCAAUGAUUGGGUUUGUGUGUGCAUUUUGUUGCCUUUUACACGUUUUUGUUUGAGAGUGAUUUGAACUACAAGAUCCUUUAAUAAUUUGUCCAAGGAUCUUGUGUUUUAUCUCGGUAUUUGAAAUCUAUUGAGGAUGUCUUUAACUAACUCAACUAUACCUGAGUUUCUAAAAUAGUUGAGAUCGACUUCAUGGAUUCUUUUCCUUUAUCUCAUUUUGUUUUGAGUUACUCCUUGUGAUACAGGAGAACCCAUCUUUGAGUAUCUUUCUUAUUUUAAGCUUGUUCAAUCAAAGUGCAUAUUUAUUUUUUCAUCUAGUAUAUUUUAUGGUUUACAGUUGGGUUUUGUCUUCCUUUCUUAUUUAUUUAUUAAUUUUUAUGGGUUGAGGAACUUCGAUGAUUUUUGCUAUAUUUGAUAUUUCUAUUUUAUUGGCUUAAAUGUGUGCCCAAAAAAUUGUAAAAAUGUGCAACGUGUUACGUGGCAAAAGUACAAAACUAUUUCGCUCCUUUUUUUCUCUUUUUUGUUUGGAAGAGUAUAAUGUAUGUGUAAAUUACAUUAUUGCACCUUGUUUUCUAGAGAUGAAAUGAUCUUAGUGGCUUUAUUUUUAAUUUGCCUAUUUUGAGUCAUAAUUUUAUAUCUAUUUUUCAUACUUGUAAACAUAUUAAUCAUCUGUUUGUGGUUGCUCCUUGCUGCUCCUCCUAGAGCUUUUUAUUUGUCUGUGUGCUCAUGCAAACAACAAUUGUUAAUUUUGAUUUGGAAUCUUUUCUGAAAAAUAACACAUCAUGGAAAGAAUGACAUAAGUCGAAAAAGUAUUUGAGAAAUAACAUAUUUUGAACACAACCAUGUUUCUGAAUAUAGCUUGUAUAGUCAUGUUUCAAAAUACAUGUUUUUUUUGUAAAUUAAUUAACAUGAAUAAAAGUUAACCCAAAAUUUUAUGAAGAUACAAUGGUCAAAAGAUGAGAUUCAAGAUUUAAUAACCAGGAAAAAAGAGAGGAGAUAAGGUGAUGUGGUUGAAAAGAGAAACAAGAGAAGAAAAAAAUGAAAAGAAAGAAUGGGUCACCGAGAACUUAUCAGAGCUCUAUUUUCAAUAUUCCUAGUACCAUUAGAAAUAUUUCAUCGAGAUGAUUCUAACUAGUUCUUGGAAGACCACCAAAUGAGUUUGUAACUAAUCCUAAAUUAACCCCAACAAAACUCAUAAUCGAUUAUGAUCUUGUUUGGUGGUUUUUUAAUGUGUGGAUAGUUAUAUUUCGUCGAAAUCUUUCUAAUAGUAUCAGGUGUGUCGAAAACGGAGCCCCAAUGUGUUCCUGGUAAGUCAUUCUUUCUUCUCUUUUUUUUCUCGUCUUGUUCUCACUCAUGUUACAUUAACUUAUCUCCUCUCUCUUUCUUAGUUAGUGGACCUUGAAUCUUAUUUCUCCGUCAUUGGAUCUCUAUAAAAUUAUAGGUUGACACUGUACAUGUUAAUUAAUUUGAAUGAAACAUUUGAAUGAGACAUGAAUUUUGAAACAAUCACUAGCUAAUUUCAAUAGUGAACAUAGUGGUUUUUACCUUUCUAAUCAUGAAUUGGAAAAGUAUUAAUAAAAGAGCAAAAUUUGAACACAACCGCUAGCUCAAAUUGUGCUCUUAUUUUUCCAAAACUUUAUUAAACUGUGUUAGAAAGGUAAAUUAAGCUUUCGAUCUGCUUCAAAGUCCCCUUGUGUAAUGAACAUGUUAGGACGUCCGCCAGAAUUAUUACUGCACUCGUCUCCCCCCAUCUCUCACACACGCACUCAUAUUCCAAAGUUGAUAGAGUAGAUAGCCUGCGAACAUUCAUGAUGGAAUAAAGGUUCUCAGAGAUCAAUGUACUGGCCGCUUUCUUGUAAGCAUUUACGUGGAUCCUGUUUUUCACUGUGUGCGCAAUAAUGAUGGAGAAUUAGUGGUGCGGUGCUGAUGAUAACUUCCACAAAGGAUUGAUAGGCAUCUAUUAUUUGCUUGAUUUGUAAAUUUGGCACAUAGUUCUUGUUCGAUAAUAUGGGUGGUGGAAAAAGCUUUUAGAGAAUCUUUGCUCAAAAUAUAUUGCGGUCGACUGUUCAUAAUUCAGCCAAGCAAAAUCUCCAAUGCUUGACUUAUUGAUUAGUGAAGGGAAACUUAUCGUUUAGCCAACAAUCAGUAUAUUGGAGUAAAGUCUUCUAAGAUCACUUGUAUGUUCGUCGUGCGUUGUCAUUUUCCAAAAAUACUUUGGUGAUGAUGCUAGUAAAAUAAAUCUAGUUGGGGGUUAGCUCAAAAUACUUGGGUGGUGCUGGGAUAAAUAGUGACGAAAUGGAGUGGUAAUGAUUUUGUGUAUAUGAUGGGAUAAAUAUGAAGGGGGGAAUACUAAUUUUGCCAAUGUGAGCAUAGCUGUACUUAAAUUGUGUAUGUGAACACCUUUACUUUGAUCUUUGCAUUUGUUGGCUAAGCUUUGCUGCUCCGGCGAGGCUACCAUUUGUUCUCUAUAGAUUAUAAGAUGGAAUCAGAUCCACCGUUGAAAUAGAAAGGAGAGUGAACAGCGGGGGGAAAAAGAAGAAGAAGAAGAAGAAGAAACACUUGGGGAUCAUGUACAACAUAUGAUAUCAACUUCUAUGAUUUUACUUGGUGGUCCUCGAAGAAGCAUCAAAUGUCCAAAUGGCUACAACAAUUAAUGGAUUAACGUUGUAAGCACACAUCUUCUGCCCAUUCACCUCUUCCACCACCUAAACAGAAACAUUAGUUUUUCAUGUUUAUUAGUGGGCAACAGUUAGCCAUGAGAUCAUUCCAUAAGCCCAGCCCAUUUGCGUAUAUAGCAGUUUAUCGGCAAGAAUAGAAACUGUGUCUGAUUGUGUAGCUAAAGAUCAUAAUCCAUCACAUUUCUCGAAUUAAUCAUUGCCGCAGCUCACAGUACUUCUAGAGUGCUCUCUAACCAUGCAAGGAAAAUACGAUAAUUAUGCAUAAUACCAUUAUCCUAAACAGGCCUCCUCGUAAUCUAAGUAGAUUAACAAAGUUAGAUAACAAAGUCACUGAGAAACAAGCAGUGUAUCUGGAGUGCGGAGGCUUUCACUAUUCUCCUACUUCACUUCUUCCUCUUCUUUGGGGGCUGGAGGGCUUCCUCAUCUUCAUCUUCUUCUUCCUCUUCGUUCUCUACCUCCUCAACUUCUUCCUCAGCCUCUUCCCCGCCAUCAUCGUCGUCAUCAUCGUCAUCUUCUUCAUCGUCAUCUUGACCUUCGCCAUCAUCUUCAUCAUCUUCUUGUUCCUCUUCUCCAUUCUCAUCCGCCCCACCUGCUCCACCAUCCGGACCCUUCUUUGAGUUACUCUUGUCAUUGUUGGGGUUGUUGGGCAAGUCCUCUCCAUCUUCAGACGACAAAUCUUCAUCACCUUCUCCAAAGCCACCAUCCCCUUCAUCAUCAUCCCCGUCGUCCUCAUCAUUACCAUCAUCUCCUUCUGCAUCAACUGGAUUAUCAUGGCCUUGUGCCUCAUCUCCCUUCAUUCUAGGUUUGGCAGUCAGCAACAACCCGCAGGGAUCCUGAAACCAUUUUUAUGAAAUAGCAUUUCAUAGUGGGUCUAACAGAGACUUUAUAUCUUAGGCAAUAGAUAAUGGUACGACACAAGGUCUCCAAAAUAGUACAAUAAAUAUUAUCGAAUUAAUAGCAGAGCUGUACAACACAGUUUUCCACGACUGGGAUAAACAAAAGGCAGCAUCAUGUGUGCUUAAUUAAAAAAUAAACAGAAAAACAUCAAGAAGAUAGCUACAGGGUAUCUUUCGUUGCAAAACCCAUUGCUAUUGCAAUUGACAUUAUACACGUUUAUUGCAUGCAAACGUGUAGAUAUAUUUAGGUGAAGGAAUUGAAAGGAAUUUUCUUCAUUUUGUUUAAGUUUUAUAUUUAAAGUUAAAAAAGUAUUGGCUAACCUCUGAAGUAAAAUUUCCAAAUCCCACACUACUCUCUUUUUCUUUCCGCCUUAAAGAAACUUUUCAACUAGCUACAUCAAUUUAGGAGACUUGUUGAAUUCCAUGAAACAAUAAGCCUGUGCGAAAAGAGUGUAAAUUAAAAGAAAUAAUUAAGUGAACCAACAAGAAUGGAAUUCUCAGCUGGUUGAUGGAAUAGCAUCAACAGGUGCGGUAGACCAAAUAACUGAAAGCAUCCAAGGCCAUAAACUAUCUCCAUUUGAAGAGGAAGUCAGUAAAGCGUCUUACUAUAGAGCAUGACAGCGAGAACCAGGUUCUUCUCUCUCCUUUUUUUUUUCAGAAUCUAUUUCUUUGUUCCCUAUUUUGAAAAGAAAGUGAGACAUGGCCACGGUGCCUCUGGAAUAUAUGUGGCAACCACAACCGGAAAGGGAAAUGAGGUUUCUCUUUACAGAUAAGAGAAACAUCCCUUCACUAGUCACACUCAUCUUACUGUUUGGGACACUUCUUUUUCUUCAAGAAAAUUAAGGCAUCAGUACAGAGAUUCCAUUAUGAUCAUAAAGCAAAUUGUGAAAAUAGUGCCUUCUACAUAUCCAUAUCUCGUAAGCGCUCAAUAAAACUUGUUACCACCCACAACAACUCUACUUUUUUUUUUCUUAAUGGGUCUGACUCUACCCUCAACUGUUGAAUCUUCGUAGGUUUAAAAUUUAAAAUUAUUAAUGAAGACCUAAAAAAUAAAAUAAAGCAAGUUGGUGGUGCGAGGGGGGCUCGUCAAAACGUACAGGCAAGGGUGGGAAAUAUAAUAUGCCAAAAAUUGGAGACCCUUUCAUGCAUCAGCAGAUUUGUCAUCUUGAAAUAAUCAAGAUUUAUCAUUAAAUGAUAACACGUAUCAACUAGGAAUAGUCUAUCUCCUAUGACAUAAGAAAUGACAAACAAGGCAUCCUAAGAGAAUAUUCUAACACGGCCUUAACAACAUCAAAAGAUGCUUUCCCAUUUGACAUGACUUUUCCUAUUACAAGUUACAACAUGACAUAAAAUAAAAAGUUACCCUGCAGAGUUUUUUUUUUUUUUUUAUAUCCCAGCCCCCACAGGCCCACGAGGGCAAACAAAACCGGGACUCAAACCGUGUCCUAAACCGUCUAUACCCCAAAUAUUUCUUCCUAUCCACGGCGCUCUUUAAUCACACAAAAAGCCCCAUGCGCAAUUUAGCCUACAGCGCGUUUCUACGGCGAGAAAGCAAGAUAAGGCCGAAUAAAAAAACCAAAAAGGACCUAGUCGCACGCAAGAGGCCAAUCCUAAGAAAAUGUCCAACCCCACCACCUAAAGAAAGCCACUCUGGCGCAUGUUAGCAGCAUAGAGAGCAUAUAACACGACUAGGGUCCAGAAAAACUAGCUAGAAACAGCGCAGGUUAGCAGGAAAUGAAACGUGAAACACGCUAACCUAAAAGGAACUCCAAACACAAACAGAAGCCAAAUAAAGGCAGGAACACAUCAAUUAACAACUUGAAGGACAACAAGCUUGGCAAAAUGAAAGAAAAACACUUACCUGGGCCAAAAGUUGGGCUUUGAAGAAAGCAGAAACUAGUAAAGUAGUCAGAACCUCGCAGGCGCACAUUAGCAAGCCGUUAGUAAGGGUAACUGUCACUGAUCCGUAUCGAGCCUCCAUUUGCGGGCGUCAAAAAAAGGAAAAAAAAAGAGAAAUAAAAAGCACCUGCGCAAACAGGAUCCAUGACCGUUAGAUCUGUUCCAAAAACCGUAUUAGCUGUCAGAUCUCGCACCGCGCAAAAGACAAAAAAAUCCAAAAAAAUAAAAAUAAAUGAAACUCAUAAUUAUAUAAACAAAAACAAAUAAAAAUCUUGUUUUCAAGAAUGUUCGUUUAACAGUGAAAAAAAAGUUAAACAGAGAGAUGAGAACGUAUUUUAAAGAAAAAGAGUUUUUUUCAACACAGAACUAGACAAAAAACAGCUUUCUGCGAGGAUAAACCCUUGCCGGCGACGGUCUUCGACAGAGAUAUUCAAAAUUGAAAAACCAGCACAAAGUCAAGUUAAACUAUAUCGGAAAUCGUAACAGAAGCAGACAAACUCCUGAAGUUCGAAGCAAAACAAGCAAAUUCUCAUGGAGAAAGCAUCAAAAUUCAACGGAACCAGAGAAUUUGAAGCAAAAACGAGCAAAGCUUCACAAAAAGGGAGAAUAACACGAUGAAUUACUCGGUUUUCACUGUAAACAAGAAAAUUGGGGCAAAGAGAGCUAAAUUUGACUCAAAGCGCUCACAAAAGCUCAAAACGGCAAGUAAACAAGAAAUCAACAGAAAAAAACUUUCAUUCUCAGAGGAAAAGUACAGAACCGAGCUCAAAAGGAAGCGAACCAAGCAGAGAAGUGAUCAAAACAGAGAAAUUAAAACACAAGGAAGAGAAUUAGAGAGGUGAAGCGUACCAGGAAUGAAGAUCUGAGCACAGAGAGAGCAGAUCUGGAGGUUUCAGGCUCUAAAACCUGAAGAAACAAGCGUUAAGAGCUCCAUGCAUUUUGGACCGUUGGAUCUUGAUCGUAGAGACAGAAGAGAGAGUCCAGAAGAUAUAGAAAAAAAUAAAUAUCAUCACAAAAAGAAAGAGAAAGCAGAGAAUACUGGUGUGGCAUGGUGACUGAUUGACUAACUGCCCGUAGUUUCUCGUUCAGGUUUAGGGCAGGUCGGGCAGGGUUCUUCUCGAUGUAAAUUUUGAAAAGAUCGUGAGUUCGGGCUGCCCAUGGAGAGUAAGAAAGGACAAGUGUGGGUAUUAUUAAAAAGAUUGUUAAUAAUUGUUUUUUCUUUUUACAUAAUUAUCUCUUUCUUCUUUUUAUUAAAUUGUAAUUUAUUAAACUAUGAGGCUUUUUGUUGAAGUCUCUCUGUCGUGAUUUUACUGUAUUGGCUUGUCUCUCAGUAAUCAUGGUUUGGUUAAUAAACCAGUUUAAGGUUAA